GGAGCCGGGCUCGCGGAGGAGCUUCGCGGAAGAGGAGCACAGUCAGAGGAUCGGGGUGCCUGGACGUCCUGGUGCCCCCCGGAGGCUCUCCAGGCAACGAGCCCUCCGUGCGGCCACGGUCGGCGUCGCCGUCGACGAGGUCUAUCCGGCCAAAGGUGGGCAGCUGACCCUGGGCUCCACCCUUGGCUACUGCGCCGGCGUGGCGCUGCGGUUCGCGGGCAGGAUCGCGGCUGGCGGCGUCGGCGCCUCCUUCUGCCUCAUCCAGGGCCUGUCGUACAGCGGUUACAUCCAGGUGGACUGGAGGAAGGUUGAGCGGGACUACGUCAAGAUCCUGGACCAGAACGGCGACGGGAAGGUGGACACCGACGACCUCGUGCUGGCGUGGCACCGGGUCCGGGACUGCCUUGCGUUCAACCUCCCGGCCGGGGCGGGCUUCACCGCAGGCCUCGCCUACGGCCUCGGCGCGACGUUCGGCACCUCCUGGAAGGCUGCCCUGGUCGCUGGAGUCGGAGGCAAGGCGCUGCUGCCGCGCGUGGCCAUGGGCGGCCUGGGGGCGCUCGGCUCCCCGGCGGCGCUGGUGGGCCUGCAAGGCCUGUGGGGCGCGCCCGGGCCCGCCUGUCCGGGGCGCCUGCCGCCGCCCCCGCGGCCGGCGCUCUGUCUGCCGCUCUUCCUGGGCGAGCCGGAGGAGCGGUGCAGGUGGGCGCCGCGGUUGAUGGCGCCGGCCCGCGAGUAG